CCCAGGAAGAGCUUGCGCCGGCCAAAACUAUCAACGACGAAACAGAAGGACGUGAUGGUGAUAACAUUGGCGAUGUUUGAGACGCCGUGGAGGACCAGAUGAGUGUCUGGAUUUGUGACACCGAUCUUUGUCAAGACAUCAGCGAGAUGGUAUGGGACAAGAUCUAACUCCAGUUAGCACCGGGAGAACGUUGUUUGAGUUUGGAGUCCUUCCCACCGUUUCUGGGCCACUGAGAAAAAAGACCGAGAAUUGCAAGGCUGGGCACAUGGCGACAGUUUCCUUUGGUUUCCACAACUCGGUCCAGGGCUUCCCUCGAACUCUUUCUCCGUCUUCAACGCACGCUGGAUCUUUUGGUACUCGAUCUGUACGACCUCGCAACGUACUGCUUCAGCUUUGCGCAUACCAAACCGCAACCGACCUACCGAAUGACUGCCCGAGUGACGCACCCACUCAGCACUUCACUACCAUACGACACCCCGCUGCGGCAACGGCUAGCACUGGCAUUUUCCCCUCGAAUGGUCGGGCUACCGAUCUUUCUACAGUAUUCUGCGCCCCAUGCUCGGUCUGUGUGUCGUCGCUGCCAGCUUGCCUGCCGUAUUUCACUCACCGGACGGCCGCAAAUCGGAUGCUACGUCGAGCAGUGUGUUGGAUACCCGAGGAGAUUUGGGCGGACUAGAGAAAGAAAAAUAGAGAUAUGAGAGGUGUUGUGGGAGAAUUGGAAAGAGGGAGAGACGAAGGAAGAAAGAAAGAAAGACAGAAAGAGGCAGAGGCAGAGAGAGCGUGUCGGCGGCUGUUCUCAGGGCUCAGCAUGGUUUAUCGGUAAAGGCCACACGCCAUGGUGAAGGGUUAGUGAUUAGAGAUUUGGAAGCUGGGUUAGUUGUCGUCCGACGUGCCAGCUAGCACGCAGGGUACUGCUGUCAAACGGCAGUUGCUGCGACAACGGCCGGCGCAGUCGAUAGGUAUCGCGGUGCUCGUAAGG